AUGUGCCUGUCCAUCAUCAACAACAAGGAGGGACCUUUAGACCGACAAAGAGGAGCAGGAUUGGAUUUCCCCUCAACAUUGUCAACAAUAAUAAGUGUUUGGAGAGGUGUAUAUAAGAGGGACGCGUUUGUUUCUGGUACAGUGCUAGUGCAAUCUCUCAAACGUCUCUAUAAGCUCCAGAUCGUGCUAAUUGCUAUUGUUGAACCUAGUCCUGCUUAUUCCGAUACCAAAAAUGAAGCUGACCUUAGCCCCGAGCAAGCCGAGAAGGUGAAACAGCACCACAAGGAAUGCAUGCAAUCCUCUGGCAUCACCCCGGAACUGCUAGCCAAGACCAAGCAGGGCGAGUUCCCAGACAACCAGAAGCUGAAGGAGCACAUGUUCUGCUUCGCCCAGAAGGCUGACCUCAUGGACGCUCAGGGCAACAUCAAGAAGGACGUACUUCUUGCCAAGGCUGGUGCAGCCCUGGGAGACCGUACGCUGGCUCAGAAACUGAUCGACGAGUGCGCAGUGCAGAAGAAAGACGGACCCGAGACGGCCUUCCAAUGCGUGAAAUGCUACUACGAGAAGACCCCAUCGCAUCUCAGUCUCGUAUAAUUUCACUUUUUUCUUCCCUUGUUGAUUCCAUUUUCAGUGUGUUACCUAAUAAUAAAUCGUAAAUUUUAGUGAUUUGGUGUUU